AAAGAUGAAACUAAAACUGAUUCUGUUGAACAGAAAGAUGAGACUAAGACUGACCUUGUUGAACAGAAAGAUGAAAUUAAGAUUGAUCCUGUUGAACAGAAAGAUGAAAUUAAGAUUGAUCCUGUUGAACAGAAAGAUGAAAUUAAGAUUGAGCUUGUUGAACAGAAAGAAAUUAAUAUUGAGCCUGUUGAGCAAAAUGAAGAGUUUAAGAUUGAACAAAAUGAUGAUUUCAAGAUUGAUCCUGUUGAACAAUAUGAAGAAUUUAAAGAUGACUUGGAUUAUUCUUCUACCCCUGCUACAUCUAUUAAUGAGGAUUUACCUGUUAAUGAACAGGAAUUAAAACUUGUCUCUCAAGUUUCUUCUGACAGUCUUAAUGCUGAAAUUAGUAGUGAAAGUUCUUAUUAUCAAGUCAAUAACGACAUUUGCAAUAAUAUUGAUAUUGAAAUUAGCAACGAUAUAAAAGAUCCAAUUGAUGAUGAAAUCAUCAAUGAUGACUUAAAAGUGGAAGG